UAGCAGAGCACAAAACGCAUCCAACUCCAAUUUCCAAGCCAACAACAACAACUCUUCUUCUUCUUCUUCACUAGAUCUCCAUUGGGUUCUCUCAUCAUUAUCAAAGAGCACUAUAAUUAACUAUUAAUCAUAAUUAAGGGUUAUAGUUAAGAUGACGAACCAGUUGGAGAGUCUGGUGGAGUCGAUAAAGUCAAAAGUACGAGCCCUGAAGAAAAACUCAAAGAAGCCAUACAUAAAGAUGGACAAGAGCUCAAGUGUGAAGGUAGAGAUCCGCAGCAAAAAGGCUCGCAAGCUCAUCGACAAAACCCUCAAGGCUGCCGAUCGUCCUGUCAAGCGUCCCAUUCCUUGAUAAAUUUAUACACAUUUUCUGUCUGCCCAUGUAUUUGUGUACAUCUGUAAUGGCAUAGCUAGCAAGGUAGGCUGAUGGGUGAAAAGGGUUUCUCUCUGCUUUCUUCAUUUUCUCUUCUGUUGUUUUUCUUUUGGCUGCCGAUUCUGUGUUUUUGGGUCAAGCUUUGUAACCGCUUCGGAAUAUUGCCUUCAAAGCAACAAUGAACAACCCUUUUUCUA